AACUUCAUUCAUUCUGUAGUUUAUGCACGUAUUGUUACUACACUUCAUUUGAAAAUGCGUAGAAGAACCGAGGCUCAAGCGUCAAACAAUGAGCCGGUCAAUGGCGAUAGAAAGGAACCGGACCAAAGACUGCACAGACAAGCUGGAGGCAGAGUGUCUUACGGCUCUGUGCUCAUGAACAUUGGAAAAUGUUUACUUUUAAUCAUCAUCAUCCCUCCGUUCCUCAACUAUGCAUCGCUGCAGAGAGAAGGACAGAUGCUCUUGCCGAAAGAUGGCCAGGUUGUUGAUGUUGGUUUGGGUCAAAAGAUGCAUCUUUUGUGUAAAGGACAUGGAAAACCAGUUGUCAUACUGGAUGCACCAACUGGAAUGUCCUCAGGUGUUUGGUUGCAUGUCCAAGAAAGUGUGGCCACACUAACAAAGGUCUGUACCUAUGACAGGAUGGGACUGGGCUUUAGCAAGCGGCUGAUGCCAAAUGAAACCACAGGAACUGAGAAAGUUUGGGGAAUGUCAACGACUGGAAGGAUGGUGGAUGAUCUCCACAGACUCCUGCAGGCUGCCGGGAUAGCCAAGCCCUUCAUCCUGGUGGGCUCUGAGCUCGGCGCGCUCAACGGCAGGUUUUACAGCCACAUUCACGAUGUGCAAGUGUCAGACCUGGUGCUGAUUGAUCCCAUCCCAGAGGACGUUUUUGAGGAGGACCAAUGGAAAGAGUACUGGUAUGGUAAGCUGUUGCCCUCACUCCAAGCCAGGCAGUUUUCAGCAGCUACAGGGCUGAGCCGCAUGCUGAUUAUACUUGGGGCGAUUGAACCGACUAUUAAAGGCGAAAAUGUCUCAGAAGAGUUCAUCCAGCGCCAGAAAUACCUACUGAGUAACCCUGCACACCAGAGCAGUGCUGUGGAUGAGCAUUACUUUUUGAAUGAAAGUGCAGCUCAAGUAAGGGAUAUCACAAAGUUCAAGCCCCUCUCUAGCAGAACAUCUGUGAGUGUGAUCACUGGGGAUUCCUUUGACCAGCAAAUACCAGAACACCUAAACCAGAUGGUAGCUAAGCUUCAAAAGAAGUUUCUGGAGGAGUCCUACCCGUCAGCCAAUCACAUUCACAUAAAAGGAGCAGACCGGCGAAUGAUCUACAAGAAGCCAUCUGCCAUCAGCCAGCACCUGAGGAAGCUAGUCAACCAACGACAAGCCAAACAGCAGAGCGAGUGACCCACGGCCAACAUGUAACAAUACCCCAGACAUGGACAGUAAUCGAAUAUGUUUUAAAUAUUCAAUAAAAUAUUCAAGUUAUCUUUUUACCUUUCCCUGCAGCGAUCUGUAGAGAUUGUCUAAAUGUCUGGUGAGGUUCAUGAAGUAGUCAAUUUUUGAACAUAUUUUUGCACAGCUCUGCUCCAUUGGAAGCUUUUUAAUUGAAAAUAACUGGAGGGCAUUCAGUGUGAUGAAAUAUUUGCAGUCUUAGAUUCAGAAAAUCUUAUCUUUCAAGUUGUUAUUUCAGUCUCUUUACCUGAUUGGCCAGUGCCAAAUUUACUCCUUAUCAAUGUAAAGGCCACACACGUCAUUGCUCACCCUGAUACUUUUUUUUUUUUUAUCUCCUUCAGUUCUGUCUUAAUAUUCUGCCAUGUUAUAGCCAGAGGGAAAUGUACAUUGGGUUCCUAUGUCUCUGUUGCAUCAGCUUCAGUCAUUUGUUACUUGUAUAUAAUUGAGUUAAAUCACAACCAGACAUAGACCUCUAUUUUUGGACUUAAGUUGAUUUGAUUUAUUUUAUCAAUUUUAAACAGAUGAGUAUUGCCUGCGAAGCUAAUUUAUCAUUUUUGUAAAUACAUCUUCAUGCGCUUUUGCAUCUAUUUUAACUAUACUGGGCUUAUUUUUGUGGAAAACAUGAAUUCUAGUGGGGCUGUGUAUUGGCAAGAUGCUAAUGAUAUGAUGCAUAUCAUGAUAUAGGGGUAACGAUUCACUAUAUUGUGAUAUAUAUGGCAAUACUGUAAGCAUAUAUAUUGCAUAUAUUUAAAAAAAAAUAAUACAUAAUAUGUGCAUACACAUUCCCUUAUGCUUAUAUUCUGAGUAAAAAAGUUUUUUAUGCCAACAUCACUGCUACCUAGCAGUUGGGGGUUUAAACACAACAAAAAAUAAAUCAAUGCCACAAGUAUUGCACAUAAACUAGUACUUUAAAAGCUAUACAUGGUUUUCGAGGAUCAAUACAAUAUCACGAGACAUAAUAUCACAAUACUCAACUCAAUACUUACACCCCUACUCUUUUGAUGGCUAUACAGUAUUGUGAAAGAAAGACCAGACAGCAUUGGUUUAUCCUGAGGAUUUAAGUUUAAUUAUGACACCACAUCAAAAUAAAAAUUUCCAACAGAUCUGGAAUUUAAUUCCAUCCAUAUACAUGCAUAGCAACAACGUUUUAAGAAACAUUUUCUCCCAUAAUCAGGACAUUGGAAUGAUAAUUUUACAUCAGUAUCCCCACUGACCUCCCACCCAUCUUGUUCUUCAGCAAUAAACUUAAUUCUUGUACAACUUCUUUUUUUCCCUAUGGGGUUACAAAUAAUUAUAUGCACAGUCCCCAUUUCAUAAUACUGCUUUCAGUAAUGUUCCCUAAUUUACAAAGUAUUGCAUUGAGAGCAAAUUUCAAAAAGGGAGACCAAAGUGUAUCAUCAAACAGAAAUACGAGUACUAUACAAGAAUGCUGCCAUCCUCAUGAAAACAUCCACAUCUGAGUUGAAGAAAAGAGACAGGGACAAACAGCCACAUAUGUAUGCAAAGCCAUGUGUAUAUGCCAAAAUGUGAGAUGCAGGGUUGUGCCUGGUUAUCACCCCCAAAUGGUGAUUUUUAAGGCAAACAAGUCAUUAGUAGCAAUCUGCAAGUGACAUUUUGGGCAUAUACAGAAACUGGUACAGCAAAUAAGAAUACAAGUGCCUCAGUAGCUAUUUUUGUGUCUAAAAUGCAUCUCAUUUUUGUAUUGUCUAUUGUUUCAUUGAGCCUACAUUACAGUGUAAACAAUAUGUGUGCUACACAAGAAU